GCGCGGCCCGGCAUAGACACGAGAGAGAGGAGCGAGAGACUGCACUUACCUUCACACACCCACACCCGACCGACCGACCCCCAAGCUUCGUUGUGCUACAGUAGUCCGCCACGAUGGAGGGCGAGCAGACUAAGAUCUACGUGCCCGACCCGGAGGUGGCAUGGGUGGAGGCCAGCAUCACCAAAGGCCACGUCGUGAGCGAGACCACCGUCGAGGUGGUGAUCGAGGGCGACGAGGCCGAGGAGGACGCGCCCAAGCACCCGGAGGCCGGCUCCAUCCGCAAGAUCGAUAAGUCGACGAUGCUGCUGCAGAACGCGCUCACGAACCCGGACGGCUGCGCCGACAUGGUGAGCCUCAACUACCUGCACGAGCCGGCCAUCCUGUUCAACCUCAAGCACCGCUUCCUGCGCCAAAUCCCCUACACAUACACGGGCGCCAUUUGCAUCGCUGUGAACCCCUACUCUUGGCUCGAUAUCUACACCAAGGAGCUGCAGGAGCAGUACCUGGAGCGCGACCGUAGCGAGCUGCCGCCCCAUGUGUACGCCACCAGUGCCGGCGCCUUCCAGCACAUGCGCGUCUUCGGCGAGGACCAAAGUAUCCUGGUCAGUGGCGAGUCUGGCGCCGGUAAGACGGAGACCACCAAGAUCCUGAUGUCCCACCUGGCAUCCGCCGGCAGCCAGUCCACGUCGGACGCGCAGGCCAAGGAGGCGAGCAUCAUCGAGCGCGUGCUGGACGCUAACCCGCUGAUGGAGUCCUUCGGUAACGCCAAGACCUCGCGCAAUGACAACUCGAGUCGCUUCGGUAAAUUCUCGGAGCUGCAGUUUGACGCGCUGGGCCAGUUGAUCGGCGCGCGUUCGCGCACGUAUCUGCUGGAGAAGUCGCGCGUGUCGCUGCAAGGUCUGGGCGAGCGCAACUACCACAUCUUCUACCAGUUGCUGGCCGCCCCCGAGGAGGUGACGUCGGCGGUCAAGGUCACGGGCUUGCAGGCCAAGGACUUCCCCUUCAUCAAGCCCCACGACGAGGAUUUGGCCAACGGCGUUGACGUCAGCGCCGGCUUGAGGGACGCCGAACGCUUCCAGCAGACCGUGUCGUGUCUGGAGACCAUGGGCGUGUCCAAGGAGGACCAGAUGAGCAUCUUCAAGGUCGUGGCCGCAAUCCUGCACCUGUCGCGUCUGCAGUUCGAGCCCAUGCCCGGCAACGAUGACGCCUCGCAGCUGACGAGCACGCCCGAGAACCAGCGCGCGAGUGAGCUGGUGUCGCAGCUCAUGGAGUUCGACGACAACCAGCUGCACACGGCGCUGUGCACGCGCGAGAUGACGGCCGUCAUGGAGACGUACGAAGUGCCGCUGAACGUCUCGCAGGCCGAGGGCGCGCGUACUGCUCUCGGUGUCGCGCUGUACUCGCACAUGUUCUCGUGGCUGAUCCACCGCGUCAACAUGUCGACGAGCGCCCCGCACGCGGAUGUGGCUCACAAGAUUUGCAUCCUGGAUAUCUUCGGUUUUGAGAUCUUCGAGAAGAACUCGUUCGAGCAGCUGUGCAUCAACUACGCCAACGAGAAGCUCCAGCAGAAGUUCACGCAGGACGUGUUCAAGUCCAUCCAGCAGGAGUACGAGGAUGAGGGUAUCCCCUGGACGCGCAUCGAGUUCGCGGACAACGUCAACGUCCUGUCGCUGCUUGAAGGCCGCUUCGGUGUGCUGUCGCUGCUGAACGAAGAGUGCAUGCGCCCCAAGGGUAGCGACGCUGCCUUCGCCAACAAGCUCAAGGCCCACUAUAGCGACAACGACCGCUUCGAGUGCCCGCGCUUUGCCCGCGAUGCGUUCGUGAUUAAGCACUACGCCGGCCCCGUACAGUACGACACGACCGGUUUCCUGAUCAAAAACACGGAUGCGCUGCAAAACGACUUGAUCAUGCUGAUCAAGAAGUCAAAGGCUCCGUUCCUCAAGAAGCUCUUCCCCGACGAGCACGUGGGCGACGCCAUGACGGGCAUUCCCGGCACGAGCGCCGCUACUGUGGCUAACGCCGCGCGUGGCCGCCCUACCAUGAAGCGCAAGAACUCGAUUGUCGCGGACACGGUGGGCACGCAGUUCAAAAGCCAGCUGAACGGCCUCAUGGAGGACAUUCGCCGCACGAACGUGCACUACAUUCGCUGCAUCAAGCCCAACGGCAAGAAGAGCCCGCUGAUCUUCAACAAGCUUCGCGUCACGGAGCAGCUGCAGUGCGCCGGUGUUGUGGAGGCUGUGCGCAUCAGCCGCAUGGCGUACCCCAACCGUGUGCUGCAGACCAUGUUCCUGGAGCGCUUCCGCGGUCUGGCGUCGUCCACGGCUGCCGACGGCAGCCCCUCGGCGCUGGCUGUGCUCACUGCCACUGCGGACGAGAGCCCGUCCGAUGAGACGAAGACGGCUGCCGCCGUCCGCGAGCUGCUCGCUCAGCUGAUGCCUGGCAAGGACAGCGAGUACCAGGUCGGUAAGACGCGUGUGUUCUUCCGCCAGGGCGCCCUCGAGUCCCUUGAGGAGCUGCGCACGCGCAAGUUCAACGCCGCGGCUGUGGUGCUGCAGCGCUACGCCAAGAAGUGGAUGGCCAUGGCCAUGUUCCAGAAGGUGAAGGAGGCCGCCAUCGUCGCCCAGAAGGUGUACCGUGGCCACCGCGCCAAGACCCAGUACAAGAAGCAGCGCAAGGCGGCCAUCAGCGUGCAGAAGUACGUCCGUCGCCACCGCGCCCAGCUGUUGCUCGUGCGCAUGCGUGAGGAGUACCGUGCCACCCAGAUCCAGAACAUGUGCAAGAUGUUCGUUGCCCGUCGUAAGUACCUGGUGAAGGUGAAGGCUAUCCGCACGAUGCAGAGCGUGGUGCGCAUGCACUUGGCUAUCAAGGCCUUCUCGGUGCUGCAGAAGCAGGCGAAGGAGGACGCCAAGCUCGAGAACCAGAUUCAGCUGCUGAAGAAGCGUCUCCAGCAGGAGCGCGAGGCGCGUAUUGAGCUGGAGCAGCAGGCGCAGCACGGAACCCGUGCGUCUGUGCACAUGCGCAGCGAGGAGGCCCUCGAGGACGCUGACCUGGUGAUUGACCAGCUGCGUCGCGAGAACGCCGCCCUCAAGGAGGCCAACACGAACCUGAAGGCUUUCGGUGUGCAGCUCCGCAAGGAGAAGGAGGUUAUGGAGCGUGGUGCCUACGUGAACGGUGCAUCGUUCGCGGCCGCGAACCAGCGUGCCAUGAAGCUGCAGGACGAGAACGAGGCUCUCAAGAGCGAGCUGGCCCGUUACAAGACCGGCCACCGCAACCUCAAGGCUCAGCACGCUGGUGUUAUGGAGAAGAUCACACUGAUGCAGAGCUCGUUAAGCGAGGCUCUGAAUGAGCGUCAGGCGCUCCGCCACACCGUGGACCACCUGAAGCAGCACACGGAGCACCUCCAGGGCGAGAACAUGGCGCUGGCCAAGGCUAACGCCCGUCUUCGUCUGAUCCUGCGUCAGGACCCGGAGCUCAGCCGCAAGCACCGCGAAGAGGUUCCUCGCCUGACGAAGUUGGCGCUGUCCUCAAAGCAGCCCCAGCCCAAGGUGGCGGUUAACAAGUCCAUUGCCGCGCCGUCCAAGGCCAUCGAGCUGUCCGAGCCGAGCGUGGGCAUGCGUGUUUCGCUGUCAACCCUGCAGCCGCCUGCUCCCCCCAUGGAGAGCAGCCUGUCGUCGGGCCAGUCCAUGAUCACGCCCAUCAAGCGCGCCAACUCGCUGUCUACCAAGAAGUCGCACGAGAGCUCUAAGUCGACCCGUGUGGUGAACAUCCGUGAGAUUUCGACUGCUGGCCCCGAAGAGGAGCCGGCCGUCGUGGCUUCCCCCACGGCGGAGGUUCUUGGUGAGCGCCUGUCGUUCGCGGAGGUGAUCAAGGGCCGCGACCGCCGCUCUUCGUCCAUGUCCAGCACGGGUUCCUCGUCUGGACCUCCCGCGCCCAGUGCUCCUUCGAAGAGCGCGGGCAUCCGCCAGCCGACCGGCGAGGAUGGCCCCAUCGAGGCGCCUGGCAAGGUCAUGGGCAUCGUCAUGGAGGGCGAGCCUGAGGACAACAACGACCGCGUGAGCUUCAGCGUGACGCUCGGCGUGGACAUGAUCGAGGACGCGAAGCAGCAGCAGCAGCGCCAGUCGCUCACCGGAGCGGCGCCUGCUAUGAACAAGCAGUCCAACGCGAACGGCACGGGCAAGUCCAAGGGCCGCUCAAGACGCAGCUCGUACGACCGCACCGAGUCGUUCAACAACGGUGAAAACAGACGCAACUCGUCGCUCCGGCAGUCGUUCAGCGGCAGCGUGGAUGGCGGCCACACCCGGCGUAGCUCGUACGACCGCAGCGAGUCCUACAGCAACGACGCCGUGAGGAAUUCCUCUCUGCGACAGUCGCUCACGGGCAACCACCACAACGGCGGCAACCGCGGUCGCUCUCGUCGCGGGUCGUACGACCGCAGCAGCAGCUACAAGAGUCGUCAGACCAGCGAUACCAUGAGCAACGCGAGCAACAGCAGUGGCGGCGGCGGCAAGCGCAUUGAGCUCUAA